CGCCGCAAGACUGUCAUGUUAACAAUUACGCUGAACCAACGCUGAGCCGGCAACACGGUGUGUGCCGGUCAGCAAUUACUCGGAAGUUCUCGCGCUAUCUCGUGCUCUGAUUGAGCUAGAGUUGGUAUCCGACUAUUUGAGUUGACCCUUUUAACCGUAGAACGGCUUUUAGGACUCAGGCAGGGGUUGUUUGGUUAGCGGGGUUCAGCACCUUCCAGUCGGGUCUUUCUACAAUUCAUACGACGUCUACUUAAGAAGCUUGUUAUAAGACAGUAGCGCACGGGUAGCCGCUGUGAACGAGACCUGUCGGACGCCAGCUGAUCGUGGCAAAGGUUUGCAAAGAUGUCAGGCGGCGGCAUGAGUGUUAAUAAGGACAGCCUGGUGCAGCGGCUUCAGAGUUUGAACAUCAGCCAGCAGUCCAUAGAGGGGACCUCAAAGUGGUGCCUCUUCUAUGUCAAGGAUGCUAAAUCCGUGGUCAACAUCUGGUUGGAGGAAUUCGGCAGGGCAACUGCUGAACGGCGGGUAGCUUUCCUCUACCUUGCAAAUCACAUUCUCCAGGAGGGCCGCAAGAAGGGUCGCGAGUUCGCUGACGAAUUCUUCCGCGUCAUGCCACGUGCGCUCUCCUCCGCCGCCCGCUCCUCGGAUACCAAGCUGCGUACCUCGGCUAAGCGGCUGGUGGACAUCUGGGACGAGCGCAAGGUUUUCGGCUCCUCGCAGGUCCGUGUGCUCAAGGAGCACCUCAGCGGCGCCGCGGCGGGGGGCGGCAGCGGAGGAGCCACACCGGGCAAGACACAGGGAGCGGCAGGCGGUGGCGGUGCUGGGUCCGCAGCAGCAGCAGCGGGGGGCGGUGGCGGCGCUGCUGCGGAUGGCGGCGGUGCGGGCGGCAGCUACCUGGACCGCCGCAAGCUCGCUGCGGUGGGCAGUCUGGCGGAUGUGCUGUACGAGGUGGCGAAUGCGGCGGCGCGGAGCAGCGAGUGGCAGACCAAGUGCCUGCAAGUCAAGGCGCUGGUGUCCUCCCCCGACGCGGCGCUGUCUGAGCUGGCCGCCGCCCGCGACACGCUGGUCACCACCCUGGAGGCGCUGCGGGCGGAGGCGGAGCGGCGCAAGAAGGCGGUCACCUACAUCCGCAUGCACCUCUCGCAGCAGGAGGACAGCCUGAAGCGCACCGAGGAGGCGACUGCUGCCCUGGCUGCGCAGAGGAGCGAGCUGGAGGAGCGGCACGCGGCGCUGCAGCAGCAGCAGGAGCAGGAGAAGCAGCAGCGAGAGCGGGAGGAAGCGCUGAAGCAGCAACAACAGCAACAGGAGCUAUUGCAACAGCAGCAGCAGCAGGAGCAACAGCAGCAGCAGCAACUGCAACAGCAACAGCAACUGCAGCAGCAGCAACUACAGCAGCAGCAACAACAACAGCAGCAGCAGGCGGGCAUGGGAGGCAUGGGGCCGGAUGCGGCAGCUUUCCUGGGAAUGCCGCAGCCGGGCGGCCUCCCCGGCAUGCCCCCCAUGAUGCCGCCCUUCCCGCUCCCCGGCAUGGACCCGCACGCUCCUCCCUUCGGGCUGCCGGGCAUGCCGCCCUUCCCCGCGGCGCUGCUGGGGCCCCCGGGCGCCAUGAACCCGCUGGCCGGCCUGCCGCCGGGCAUGAACCCGCUCGGCCUGCCGCCAUUCCCGAUGGGACCCAUGCCCGGCAUGAACCUCCCGCACGGCAUGAACCCCAUGGGACCCGGCGGGCCGUUGAACCCCAUGGGCAUGGGUGGCGGGGCGCCUGGGGGAGGGCCACAUGGGGGCCCGCCCGGAGGCGGCGGCGGACCCAUGGGUCAGUUGGGUGGCUUGCCGGAUCUAGCAGGCGCACUGUCGGCGUUGAGCGCAUCCGGCUUCGGAGGGCAGGGAGGGGAUCCGCAUGCGCAUGCUAACGGCGGGGCGGGUGCCGGCCUGCAGUCGCAGUCCUCGGGCGCACCGCCCGGGUCCGCAUCACAGCAGCAGCAGCACCCACCUCAGCAGCAGCAGCACCCACCUCAGCAGCAGCAGCAUGCAGGCCCCCCAGGAGGGCCGCACCACCAGCAGCAGCACCAGCAGCAGCAUCCGCCCCACCCGCACCCAGGGGGAGGAGGUCCCGGCGCCCCGCCCGGGUCCAUGCAUCCCCCGCCGCCCCACCACCCACCCCCCGGCGGCCCCGCCCCUUCCCCCGGCCAAGGUGCCAGCUCGGCUGGCGGCCAGCAGCUGCCCUCGCACCCCUCCGGUGGCCUCCCGCCCCUCCCGCACCCUCACCCGCCGCCGCACCCACACAACCCGCACCUCCCGCACCCUCACCCCUCGCCGCACCCGCAACCACAUGGCACCCCGGGAGGGGGAGGCGGAGGACCGCCCCCAGGCGGGGCGGGUCCAGGCCCCGGCAGCAGCAGCGGUGGAGGCGGAGGUGGCGGCGGGGCGCCUGCACUCGACCCGGCGGGUAUCGACCAGCUGGCUGCGGCGCUUGCGACCAACAGCGACCAGACGGCGAUGCUGCUGGCGAAUGCCUUUGCGAGCAUGAGCCAGGAGGAACGCGACCGAUUGGGCGCCAACCUGGGGGACAUGCUGGGCGGCGGAGGUGGAGGCGCACCGGGCGGCAUGCAGCAGCCGCCCCCGCACCUGCAGCCCCCUGCCGGCCCCCCGCACCCACCCCUGCAGCAGCCACACCCGCAUGCGGGGCAGCCGGGCAUGGGCGCGGCUGACCCCAUGGGGCUAGCAGCGGCUGGCGGGGGCGGGGGCUACGGCGGGAGUCCCAUGGCAAAUGGCGGCGACGACGGGAUGGAUGCGCCGUACGACCCGGAGUAUCCGGAUUAGGCAGCGAAAGAGAGAAGGGGGAGGGGAAGUGGGUUACUUGAUGAGUGGUUGGCCCUGACGUGAUGUGCAUAGCUGGGGUUGCAUGGGGGGGUGCAUAGCUUGGCUGCUUGGACUGGAUGGCGAUUGUUGUCAGUAGGGAGGGCUCAAUGCUGGCUGUGGGGUUUGUACUGCUGACCAGUAACGUGUGCUUGGGUUUGGUCCGGGGGGGUUUCUAGGAGGCCUAGGAGGAGGAUGGCAGGGAGGACGAAAGCGGCAGGAGGGAGGGUGACAGGCCCUGUGACGCCUUCCCUCGGGAGGUUGGGCAGCACUGCAUUGCGGUAGAGCUUGGCCUGCGAAUAACGGACGCGGAGGGCCUUCUUGGGAUCAGGCAUCUCGGUGGCGGUGUCUCUGCAGGGAGUUACCCUUUACGCACGCAAGCAAGCGGUUGACCAGCCUCGCUGUGUGUAUAUGUGUUCGUGUUUGCGAUCGCCGAGAGCAAUAUGUUUGACAUACUCGACUGUGCAUGUGCGCCGGUGUGCGGCUGGGGUUUCAGAUGCUGCUGCUGCCACUCCGCGUCAACUAGCAUCGGGCGUCAACGGCCUGAUACACGUUGGUGGAUAGGCGUUGUAACUGCCGCGAGUGGGUGCCGACUCAUGUUACAAAUUGUAAGGGUGGCCCGAGCAGACAAAGCGGUGUUGCGGGC